UGUGUGUGUGUGUGUGUUUUUGUAAACAUUUGGUUUGCGAGACGAGAGUCACGAUGGAGUGGCCAAAGGACAUGCUGGAGGAGGUAGAAGACUUUCGCUUGGAGAGGUCGAUAAGAAGUCUCAAGACCAAUGAGGAAAUCGAGGAGUUGAGUGUCGACGAGAAAUUGAGUUCUUUGGAUCGAGCUCUGUAUUUGCUCAAGAAACGAAGCCAUGGAAGACUCGCGUUCAUGUCAAAAAUGACGUUUUCGCGCACGACACCGACACGCAGCCUAUUGACAUCGAGCGGAUGCGCUUGUUCGUGGCUUUUGUCAACUGCACUCUACCGUGCGAAACGGUCAUGACGUGCAGAAAUUGAGUGUCGUUUCGAAUUUGACGUCA